AUGUUCGACAAUUUAACAAAUAAUAAUGACGAUACAUAUCCAAUAGAACGUUCACCAGGAUUUGUUGAUCUACGAUUUUUUCUCGUUCGAAUAUUUUAUCCAUGUUUACUUAUAUGGGGUACUAUUGGUAAUGCAUUAUGUUUACGUGUUUUAUUAAGUAAAAAAUUUUUUAAAAAUUCCACAUGCCAAUAUUUAGCUAUACUUGCUGUUAUUGAUAUUCUAUUUAUAUUUAUGCGUUCAAGUAAACAUGUUUACAAAUUAUUUCGUAGUCAACCUAUAUUUAAUACAUCACAAUUAGUAUGUCGUAUAUUAACAUUUUCUUCAUCAGCACUUGCACAUAUGGGAUCAUGGAUAUUGGUCAUUGUUAGUUUUGAUCGAUAUUUAAUAGUAACAAGUCGUUAUAGACGACAUAGUUCAUCUGCUCAUCGAGUAUUUUGUUCAACAAGUAUACUUAUUGCUAUUGUUACUUUAUGCAAUCUUUAUUAUUUCUUUAUACUAGGUCGAAUAAUGACACCUGAAAUUCCUCAUGGUCUAUAUAAUCAAAAGCAUGAUUUAGUCAAUGAUACAACAUUUCUAAAUAAUACUCUAUCGGAAGAUAUCGAAUAUGAAAAUGAAACUGAACAUAAAAUUGAACCGGAAAUGAUUUCAGUAUUUAUGUGUAUACCAACUUCGGCAUUUGAACAGUUUUUUCGUCGAGUUAUUCCCGUAUUUGAUAUAUUACUUGUUGCCGUUAUACCAUUUUUUCUUCUUUGUUUUACUAAUAUUGGUAUUAUAACAUAUACAAUGCGUGCAAAUCAACGUAUGCGUCAACAUCGUAAACGUGCACAUCGUCGUCAUCAACGUUUAACAAUAAUGCUUUUAUCUGUUACUUUAGCAUUUAUUGGUUUAACAUGUCCAUCAGUUAUAUUUAUAUGUGUAAAUAAAAUUAUUUAUUCAGCAGACUUACCAGGUGGUUUAGGAUCUAAUAGUCAAGUCGGAGUACGUAGUAAUGGUCCAUCAUCAAAUGGCCAAUUAAUUGUUGAUAUAUGUGAAGCAUUAUGGUAUACAAAACAUGCAAUGAAUUUUAUAUUAUAUACAUUAAGUGGACAAGAUUUUCGUCGAGAAUUUAUUAAACUGUUUCCUUCAUGUUUUCAUAAUCGUCCAUCUAUAUUAAAAAAACUAGUUAAUCGUACUCAAACAUCAACUGAUCAUACAAUCGAUUCAUCAUCAAUCGAAAUGCCAAUCGUAACAAGUACAAUUAGAAAAAAAUCUAAGAAACAGAAUAAUAAUAAUAAAGGUGAUAGAUCAACUAUGUCGUUUAGUUCAAAAACAACAACUACAACAACAACAACAGUAACCAUUCUACCGACUUGA